CAUGAUAAGUAAUUAUAACUCAUCAUAGUUUAGAAUAAUAAUAAUAUUAAAUCUUUUGAAAAACUAAAAAAUUUUAACCAUAUAGUUGAAAAUAAAAAUAAUAAUUUUCUCUCUUUUUAAAAUUUCAACACCUUAACCGGUGCCGUUUUAUACUCUUUUUUUUCUUUUUAAUUUUAUUUUUUCUUCUCCGUUGCUGAUAUGCCGCCAUGGGAAUACAAAAGAAAGAAAAACGCACUUCGCCACUACAUAAAACCUCAACACCUCGACGAUCCUAAACCCUAAAAGCAUUGUCUCCUAUGCUACACGCAACCGAUUAAGUGUGGUCUCAUAUCGAAAAUGGCGAAGCCAGGGCGUGAUGCCACUCCGUACAAUGCCGUGUUUAUAGACACCAGCCUCAACACUCACUUCGCUACCAUCGUCUCCUUCUCCGACACAGUCUCCGAUCUUAAGCAGAAAAUAAUUCAUGAGCAUUCAUUAUGUUUUCCUCAAAUUGGCGAAAUAAACAUCCAUGCUCUAAAGGUAAAGAGAAAAGGGUGCUUAUAUCAUUUAUCAGAUUCAAUGUUUGUGAGAAGUGUUUUUCAUGGUGUUAAUAAAAGUUGGUUUGUAAAGGUUGAUGCUUCUUCUGUUAGUGUAGAGGAGAACAAAGAUUGCAUUGGUAUGAUUACCAAUGAUUGUGCCAAUGGGGUUAAUCUUUUAAGUGAUGCUCUUCCAAAUAAGCUAUUGUCUGAUGUUGUUGAUAACCGGCAUUUGAAACGGAAGACACCUGUUGCUGAUGACCAGUUGAGUUGGGAUGUUGUUGAUGUAGAAUGUACUGGCGGUAAUAGCAAAAUUAAGUCUUUGGAUGGUGAUGUUAAUCAUUGUGAGAAAGAAAAUGAAAUUGAGAGAACACCUAUUGGAGGUAGGGAAAGCAAUUCCAGGAAUGAGAUUUGUGAUGUGCAGGGUAUUAUACAGCCAGAAACAGUUCUGGAAACUGAAUCUUAUACAAAGAAAAAGCAUAAGAGUAAAAGAAAAAGUAAAUAUGGUCUCCAUGAGCUUGCUUUAAAAGAGGAUGCUUCAGUACCCAAAGCUGGUAAAAAUGAAUUACAGCAAGAGACUGUGGUGUCAGUAGUUUCCCAGGGUGGUGAGAUGGAAAAUGGAAAUAUUAUUGGUGGGACAAGCACCCAAGUGCAAGUGACUGCUGUUCUGUGUGCUGAAGGGACUGGAAUGCUAGGUAACCAUGUUGAACUCAAAAGAAAUAAAGUGAGGAGAGGUAGUGUUGAUGUGCAAUGUGAUAAAUCAGUGGAAGAUACUUUGCAGUUAGAGCGCCCAGCAAAGAAGAAGCGUAAAAUUGAAAAGGAAAAACAUGGUGAUGAGGAUGUACUGAAAAAAGAUGGAACUUUGAUUAUUGAUUCUAAUAAGGAGAUGAUUGAGCCUUUAUCACUUUCUCAACAUUCUCUAGUUGACAAAUCAAAUACUAAAAAUCCCACUUCAGGCAGUUCAUUGACUGAAACUCUGGAGGAUGUCAAAUUGCAGCCAGCAAGUCCAAGCACUGGAAAGAGGAAAAGGAAAAGGAAAUUAAAAGAUGCCCUUAAUCAAGAAAUUGCUGCAGUUCCUUCUUAUAGUUCAGAUGUUAGGGGUGAGAGCUCUGGGCUGGGAAUUAACCCUAAGGAUUUGGGUGAAGAACCUGAUGCAGAUCUUGUCCCUGGACAACAAGGGAUAGGUUCUGAGAGUGGAGUAGUCUCUCUGAUAGAAAAGAAUGGGGACCCUUUCCUUGAACUAACUAAAAGGCCUUCCCAAGAGAUUGAUAUGAGCAACUCAGAUGCUGGCAGCAUAGAAGGCAGACAUGACACCUAUAGAUCAGCAACUGCAUCAAAUACCAGAAGUGUGAAAGUUUCAGAAAAUCGCUCUGCCAUCGAUGUGGAAGGCAAUCCAUAUCUUGGGGUUCUAGAAUCUGAAAAUGCAGAGAAAGGGAUUGAAGUUUCUGGGCAUGAGAAUAUGAUCCUUGGAGAUCAUCAAAAUCAUGUUGUUUAUCAGAGCAAUGGAGUGGAAGAACAACAAAAUUUGGCACUGAACUUAUCUUCUAAAACUGUGCCAUCAGAAAAAUACAAACCAUCUGCUCUGGAUGAACUAACCUCAAAAACCAAAGAAGUAGCUGCUACCUCUAUAUUGGUUAGCGAAACUGUCAAUCCGUCAAAAUUAUCAAAGAAAAAAAAGAAAUCCAGAAAAGCAAAGGAGUUAGAAAGUGGAACACUGUCCACAUCUGUUAUAGAACAUGUUGAAGGUUUUGUUAGUGGCACAUCUCCUACCAAGCCUCAUAAAGCUACCAAUGGAGAUCACUCUGGUGACAAUGUUAAUAAAGAGGAAAGCAAUGUGCCUCCAAAGGAGGGGAAAGAAGUAUCAGAAAUGGAAACAAGUGCAUCUCUUUUGGCUACUGAAAAGGAAAUUGAUGAUGUGAUACGGAAUGCAAUGGAAUCUGUACAACAGAUUGGACAAGUUGAAGUUAGUGCUGAAAACAUGGAUGGGAAAUCAAGAAAAAAAACUAAGAAGAAGCGAACUUCAGAUGUAAAGGAUCUCCCAGAAUUGAAAAAUGAAAAUGAGAAACUUUCUGCACCAGCUGGUAAUAAGAUAAGGGAGGCAGAGUAUUCAUCUAAUGGUCCUCUCAAAAGUCAAUCUUCGCAAGGUCAACCACAUAAAACAAAAAGCAACCGGGAGGGGAGGUGCCUUGAAGCUGCUGUCAAUGGAAAUCCCUCUAAAAGUGGCCAUGCAAUUGAAGGUACUUGUAAUUUGGAUGUUUCCUGUGAAAGCAGUGGGAUCAACUUCAAGAAUUAUUUUGUGCCAAGGCAACAGAGCAAUAAAAUUGUUGGUUCUGAUGAGGCGCUUGUUGACAAAGCAACUAAAACAAUGGAAGCAUAUGGUGAGAUGAAAGGUAACGAAAACAAAAAGAAGCUUGGUGCACAUUCUCAUGGUCCUUCACCUGACUUGCAAAACUCAUAUAGUUUAACUGAGGACCAUGGUGUUGGAGCAAAGCCUUUGAAGGUUUCUGAUAGCGAAGUAAAAGCUCCACUGCCUAGUAAGUCUGAUAAGCUUGAUUCUGCUUCUGAAAACACUAGAUCUAAUGCUCUAAAGCCCUCUGCUACCAGUACUCAUGCAAAGAAUAAAAAGGCUGGAUCAGUUUCUAGCUUGGAAAGUUCUAAAGACACGAAUUUCCUGAAUAGAAGAGUUAAUGGACCUCAAUUACAUGAGGAUGAUAAUCGUAUGAAUAGCAGAAGAACUUCUACAAUUAAUAGUAGGGAAGUUGUGAAUGGGUCACAACAUAAAAGGAGCUUAAUAGGGGUAUCAGAUUCAAUAUUCAAGGAUGUCACUGAUGAGGCUUCUUCAACUGAAGAUGAUAAUUCAGAUGCCAGCACCAGAACUCCAUCAGAUAAAUCACUGUCUUCUGACUACUCAGAUGGAGAAAGCAAUGCAGAUUUUAACUCACCCCUAAAUGGAUCUAACAGCUGCAAAAGAAAGGAUGGAGGUCAAAAAACCAUCAGAAAACCACUCUCUUCUGGUUUGACCUUGGAUGCAAUUCUUAGAAGUUCAAGCAGAUACAAGAAGGCUAAGCUAACAGCUGCUCAAUUACAACUCGAGGACACCGAGAGCCAACCAGUUGAAUUCGUCCCUGAUAGUCAAGCGAAGCCAUAAAUCACCUUGUAAUUUUGUCAUCUUUUUUUUAGAAAAGCAAAAUAUUUCUCCAGGAGUUUUGUUUUCUCAGUGAUGGCCGCUACAGAGGCUAACACCCUUUUCCUGGAUCUUUUUCGGCUUGCCAAGAUAGUCACGAUUAAUGUUGUGAAAUUUUUGUUUUUCCCCUUGUUAACGAUAUGGGAAGCAUUCAACUACAAUGAAAGAAAUUUAGAUUUUAGAUUCUUA